CAUUUUUCUUUUUCGUCUAUUCCGAUUUUGACGACCAUGUCGAUUAGCUUGUCUUUGUCGAGACUGACUGAUUGGCUGAAUGUAUGCAUAUGCAUUGUUCAUUGUAGCAUUCUGUAAAAGGGGGGUUGGGCUAAAACGGAUUUAGCCAUUCUGACCAUUUUGAGAAGGAAGGGGAAAAUAAAUGUGAAAAGCAUGGGCGGACAUGUCGCUCCGGUUUCCAUUCUCUUUUUUAUCCUUUGUUCUUUCUGGAAAUCUUGUAUCAUUUCGGCUGCCGGAGCAGACAUUUUUGCCGUCGUUUCUCACGAUUUCAUAUCAUGUCAGCGUUUGUUCACGAGGACGUCGUGCGUCGUGCGUCGUAUUACUUGGAAGAUGUGCCAACCUGAUGACGGAACGGAUUCUCUUCUCUGUCCUGCGUCUUUUCUCUGUCUCGUCGUUUGUCGUUUGACGUGUGGAAAAUUGUUGACUGUCAGAGGUAGAGAAACAGGCGGGUAGGGAAUUGGAUUUCCGUUUUGUCUCAAAUAUAUAUCACUUUUUUUUUUAUUUUUACUUCGAUUUUUGUGUAGUUUUAUAUGUACAUGUCACAAUCCAAUGCUAU